AUGGCCACAAAACCAAAUCCUCCGCCCAAGGAGGACACAUGGGCUUUUCAGCCCAUUGGAUCCCCCUUCCCGCCGAACCCUGUCAAAUGUAUGGGUGAAAACAAUAUGUACGUUGCACUGUGGUAUAAGCACGGAAAGCCGAUUCACGGAAGAGCAUGGAACAACGGAGGAGUUGUCGAGUGCUCGUUCCCAUACAAGAACGCCGAGCUGACUACGAAACAGCAACUCGAAGGACAAAUUCAGGUGUUGCAAUACACGGGAGAUCACAACACUCAGGGAUUCUGGUAUGAGUGGAUCAAAUACAAGGAUCGUUUGGAGAAGAUCGACGACAAGCAUCAGCUUUUGCGUUGCGGAGACUCGUUCCCCAUCUUCUGGAAGCGUCCGGAAGGAAAUCUUCUCGGAUUCGUCGACAACAAGACCGAAAUCGCUCUCUUCUCGAUGGGCGGAAAGGUUUUCCAACGAUCUGGAGGGGAACUCAAUGAUAUGUACAUCGUGAUUCGAAAUUGCAUCGGAGGACCACCCCAUUGCGAAUGCGAAAACUGUCCAAAGCCACCUCCACCACCACCAGUGCCACCACCGGGUCCCCCACCGCCACGUGUCAUGCACGACGAAUGGAUCGAUAUCCGCGAGGGAGAUGCGUUCCCGACUCGCAAGCUUGUCAAAGCUCUCGACAAGUCGCUCGACACCCUUCCAGGAGUCAAUCCAGACCAAUACGUCGGACUCUGGUACAUGCAAGGAGAGCCGGUCAUGGGUCGUGUGUGGAACGACAACGGCAAGGUCGCCGCGUGCUUCUCUUGGUUUAACAACGAGUAUUGCAAAAACGUCGGAUCUAUCCAGUUAUUGGCUCGUCUUGGUGAGCACGUCGUUGGCUACGAAUAUGGUUGGAUCCCAUACGCGGAGGCUGCAAAAUUCGGUGACAAGGAGUGGCAUCCGGUGCACGUGAACAACCACAAGGGUGACAUCUCUGUAGGAGUGAUCAACUUGCCAGGCGGCAAGCAGAUUCUGUGCAAAGUGGACAUUCGUAACGAAUCAUAUGGAUAUGGUUAUCAAGGCAAGGAGCACAAUGGACGUGGUCCGGACUGCUCGAAGAACAUCACCGUGCUGUGCCGCAAGGCUCGUCCAGGAUACAAGUUGGACGGAUAA